AUGUCCGUCAAGAGCAUCAUCGCCUCGCCUACCCCCUUUGUUCGUGAACAGGGCCAGGGGCAGAAGGAGAAGCGCAUCGCCAACGGCAAAUGCGAAGCCCACAUCUAUGCCGACACGUCCGUCUGGGGGACACUCCCUAUCAACUAUACCACAAAAUGGAGAAUUGACGUCACGGACAACAGCGGGAACACAGUCGGCCACUUCGAUGGCACGAACCCAGAAGGCAUCCGCAUCGGCAUGGGCACCGAGUACCAACUGUGGAUCGACGGACAGCCCAACCUCCAAACAGCCGACGUGGCUGGCACGAAGAACUGGGCUCUCACCAUUCAGUACGGCCUCAACGGGCAGAAUUUUAACAGCCAGUCGUGCUACAGGUACCUUGACAAGGCCGCCAGGGAGAGCAAUGUCGGUAACAUGGGCAUCUGGCUCGGAGCGGUAGCUGUUGCAGAAUUAUCCUCUCAUAGCUUAUCGGGGGUCCGUUGA